AUGGCCGCCCGGAUCUUCCCGGAGUGCGGGGGGAGCACGCACAGCAGCGCCCCGGGGUGGCCGUCCUUGCUGCUGGGAGCCGUGGUGCUGAGGUGGCUGAUUCUGGACGCGGGUAAGCGACUCUCCGGGACGGAGAACUUCACCCAGUGCCCCUGGUACCUCCUCCAGGAGGGCCUCACCUCCGGCUGCCUCCUGCAGGAGGAGCUCGGAGACGUCAUGUUGUACCUGCGUCUGGUCAACGGGACGGACGUCCUGCUCACCAGGAAUAUGUACAUCAGCGACUACCUGAAACCCGCGUCUCCGGGCCGCCUGCAGUUCCGGUGGCUGGGGGACACCCUCAGGGUGACCUGUGCCGGCCUCAACUACUCCGACCUGCUCUACGAGAUCCAGCACAAGACCCUGUUUGAUCCCGAGUGGCAGUCCCAGGCAGAGGACACGUGCAACGUGACCCUCCUGGGCGUGGACGCCAGCAAGUGCUACUCCUUCCGGGCUCGCGUGAGGCCCCUAGAGCACAGCUACGGCCCCGACGCCCUCCCCAGCGACUGGUCCCCCGAGGUCCACCAGCAGGGCCGGACGCCCGCAGAGUCCUGCCCUCGGGGCCGCCCCUCCCGGACCCUCCCCAAGUUCGUGCUCGUCUGCGGCCUCGUGCUGGUCCUGACUCUGCUCCUCACGGCCCUGUCGGUGUGGAAGCUGCAGAGGGUGAAGAGGCUCCUCCUGCCCAGCGUGCCCGACCCCAGCGCCUCCUUCCCGGGCCUGUUCGAGGCCCACCAGGGCGACUUCCAGUGCUCCCUGCAGGCGUGGAUCCAGCGGACCCAGAACGUGGAUACUGCACUCCCGGACGGGGUCCUCGAGGAAACCCUGGUGGAGCCCUGGGCCUCGGAGGAACCCAGAAGCCUUGCAGUGACCACGGCUCCGUCCCUCGAACCCGUGGCCCCCCAGCGGACCCCCGGACCGGCCCCGGGACAGGGCCAGCGGGUCCAGCUGCAGGAACUGACCUUCGUGGUCCAGGAGGACGCCUACGUGACGUUCUGA